AUGCAAUCCGAUGGCAGAGGAUGUGAUUCUUCAUUGCCCUUGAAGUCACUUCCAACCUGUUUUGACCAUGUGACUGACAGACAAAAACCCAAACAGGUUGAGUAUUGCAGAAAAUAUGAAAUGAGCCUGAAGCCGCCAAGGACUGGAGAAGGAGGGAGUCCCCAGUCCCGGCAGGGCAUCCUGCGAACAGGUUCAGUGUUCAGCAGGGUCGGUGCUGAAGCAGGGACGGGCAAGGGGGAGCUGGGCUCCAGGAAGGUGGACCCGGAAGAGCCGCCAGUGGGCGGCAGGGACCCGGCCCGGCCCCCGCGCGCCCGGGCUCCCCCCGCGGGGGCUCGGAGCCCCGGAGAGGAGGAGCAGGGAGGGGCGCGGUGCUCUCCCCGGCGGCGAGCUGUCACGGAAUUUGACACCCGGAAAGGCUGCUGGUCCCUGGCCAGGACUCCUGAUCCUUCUCAAAUGGAAACACUUUCUCCCAGUGAACCUGGCGGAAUUCUCAGUGGCAUCUCACCUCGGCCUUGCCUCCUGGCGCAUUUAACAGAGGCCGCAUUUAUCACUUUGAGACAAGGAAGGUUCCAAAUGGAGCGGGGCUCUCGGGUGCAGAACAAGUUCAUGCAGUAAUAGUACCAACAGUGUUCUGGAUGAGAGCCUCUUCUUUCAUGUAUGGAUAAAAUUCAUACGCAGUUAUUAAAAUCAGUUGAAU